UCGUCGAGUCUUCACGUUGCCUCCAUUUUGCCUGCGUGCGUGUGUUUCAGUGUGUAAACUGGAGAGAAAAGAGGAGCAGAACCGGAGAAACCGCGACAGAAAUGGACGGCAUCAGUGACGUUGCAGUUGGAGUGAAGAGAGGAUCAGACGAGCUGAGUAUGUACAACAGUCCCAACACUGGCAUGAGCGGUCUGAGCGACGGGGCUUCUAACGGCAGCGACAGCAAGAAGCUGCGGGUGGAGGAGGCGCCGCCGUCCCGCGUCAUCCACAUCCGGAAGCUUCCCAACGAGGCCUCCGAGACCGAAGUCAUCGCUCUGGGCCUGCCGUUCGGCAAAGUCACCAACAUCCUCACGCUGAAGGGGAAGAACCAGGCCUUCUUGGAGAUGGGAACGGAGGAGGCAGCCAUCACCAUGGUUAAUUACUACACCACAGUGACUCCUCAUAUACGAAACGCCCCCGUCUUCAUCCAGUAUUCUAAUCACAAAGAACUCAAAACCGACGCCACCAAUCAGCGGACGCAGGCCGUGCUGCAGGCCGUGUCGGCCGUCCAGUCGCCCUCCUCGGACGUGCAGGACGUGCUGGCGGCGGUGUCCAGCCCCGUGCUGAGGAUCAUCAUCGACAACAUGUUCUACCCUGUCACUCUGGACGUGCUGCAGCAGAUUUUCUCCAAGUUCGGCACGGUCAUGAAGAUAAUCACAUUCACCAAGAACAAUCAGUUCCAGGCGCUGCUGCAGUUCAGCGAUCCGACCAACGCACAUCAGGCCAAGCUGGCUCUGGACGGUCAGAACAUCUACAACUCCUGCUGCACGCUGCGAAUCGACUUCUCCAAGCUGGUCAACCUCAACGUCAAAUACAACAACGACAAGAGCCGCGACUACACGAGACCCGAGCUGCCGGCCGGGGACGGCCAGCCGGCGCUGGACCCCACGGUGGCCGCCUUCAGCAAGGACUCCAACUCCCUCCUCGGUAAGAUCCCAGGAGCCCUGAACCCCCUGAGCGCGGCGGCGGCUGCCGCUGCCGCUGCGGGGCGGGUGGCCCUUGCUGGACAGGCGGGAUCCAGCGGGGUCCUGCUGGUCAGCAACCUCAACGAGGAGAUGGUUACGCCCCAAAGUCUGUUUACCCUCUUCGGGGUGUACGGCGAUGUCCAGAGGGUGAAAAUCCUGUACAAUAAGAAGGACAGCGCUCUCAUUCAGAUGUCCGACUCCAACCAGGCCCAGCUGGCCAUGAGCCAUCUGAACGGUCAGAAGAUGUACGGGAAGAUCAUCCGGGUGACGCUGUCCAAGCACCAGACGGUGGCGCUGCCUCGCGACGGCCUGGACGACCAGGGCCUGACCAAGGACUACGCCAACUCGCCGCUGCACCGCUUCAAGAAGCCCGGCUCCAAGAACUUCCAGAACAUCUUCCCUCCUUCCGCCACCCUCCACCUCUCCAACAUCCCACAAGACGUGACGGAGGACGACCUGCGGCUGCUUUUCUCCAACGCUGGCGGCACGGUGAAGGCCUUCAAGUUUUUCCAGGAUCGUAAGAUGGCUCUGAUCCAGAUGUCCACCGUGGAGGAGGCCAUCCAGGCCCUGAUCGACCUGCACAACUACAACAUGGGAGCCAACCAGCACUUGAGAGUCUCCUUCUCCAAGUCCACCAUCUAAGAAUGUGCCCCCCCACCCACUCCUGGCAGCGCGAUGGUGUCACUGUUGAGGGAGGACGGACACUGAGGGGGUCUCCCAGAUCCAGUCGGCUUUGUUGUUGGAGUUUGGUUAAUUCUGUCAUUCCUUCAGACUUAAACCUUCUGACCUGCGUCCUUUUGAAGCAGAACAAUACGGGAUCCUCCCAGAUAAUCGUACCUUUGUAUUUUUCUGUCAGGCAGAGUAUCGACACGCUGGAUUGUUCCUCCUGUUUGAUAGUUUGAUGUAGGUCAGUGUUUUAAUUCUGUGAUUUAGUUGAAGAGAUAACAGUACAUACGUGCCUUACUUGACAAUAUCAACUGUUUCUACAGCUGGACACUCCCAACCAGGCACGUUGCUCUCGGACGUCCGAUCCGCCGCGACGGAGACGUAGCCGGGCGUAGCUUCGAUUUCUUUAGUUCUGCGGUGUUUAGAAUCUUGAGUUUUCCUUUCAGCUGCCAGCAGGAGAGCAGCGUAUUCCCGAGGCUACAUGUACCAGUCCGUCUCUCUCUCUUUUGAAACGACAGGCAGUUUAAAGUUUUGAUUCCACAGAGGUGUUCUCCUCCCCCGAUCCCUCUCCCUUCCAGUUUUUCUCAGCUUCUCCACGCUGAAGAUAAACGUGGCUCGCCUUUCCCUUCCCUCCACCGUCGUCCUCUUUUCUUUCCGUUAGUUUCCAUAGCAGUGAGGUGUAAUUGUCCGUGACUUUUUGAAGCAUGCAGAGUGAUGGUUGAAUCUCGCAUAAAGUGUUGCAUGCUGUGGAAGCAGUUAGAAGAUGAGUCCACUGUGAUUUCAUUGUCAUGUGACAGUUUACUUGAGAGGGCUACUCAGUUGGACCAAAGUUUCUGUGCCUUUAGUGUUUCAUUUGACUCAUAACAAGAAAAAGGAAAAAAAAAAAUACUGCAUUUCAAACACUUUGGGGAAGAGUGCCCAGAUUUUAAGUGUUACUUCUCUUUGUUUUAUUUUUUAACUACCCAACACUUGCUCAGACAACGAUAGCUAUGUAUAUUUUUUUUCUUUCCAAUUCCAGUUUUCUACAGCUCCAAUUGUAAGGAUUUGGUGUGGUUCUGAAGAGGCGCAAUUAAAGCAUGAAGUAUUUUCUAACAAGGGAGGUGCAA